UUUUUUUUUUUUUCGAAUACUUUCCCCAUGGCAUGUGUUCAUGUAUUGCCACUUUUUUUUACUCGUUUUUUUUUUUUUUUUUUUUUUUUUUUUUCAUUACACUCUCUUUCACAUCACAAUUUAGUUACCUAUACACAUCUACGCAUCUUCACAUUUUCCACAUCUACACAUCUACGCUUCUAAACAUCUAUACCCCUCCCAUCACAUCCACAUCCACAUCAACUACAUUUCUCUUUAUCCAUUUUCAUUACCCUAUUUUUUUUUUGUUUCACAAUCUACUUGUCUUACCAGUGUAUACUCUGCAUCAUCAUCCAGCAACCCAAUGUGGCAGGACCAAGAGGACUUUAACCCCUCCUCCAACGGCAACCCCUCCUUAUCCACACUUGCAUCCGUAUCCUGUUUCCCCAUAGCACAGUCCGAACCCUCCUCUCCACAACCGGCCACCCUUCCUUCUGCUAAUAUCCCCAUCACGUUCCCAGCUCGUCCUUCUUAUACGAUCGGUACGCGCAGUCACUCCUACACUACUCACCAUCUCAGGUCUCUCACUAUCCCAACUCGUGUCGCCCCCGCACCGUCUUCCACCCCUUCGAUGCACGGGACAGAUGAAGUCGCCUCGUCGGUGGAGCCCAUCACUCCUACCUCACCAGCAUCUAACCCGACCUCAAAACGAUUGACUCAUCGUCGUACUACCAGUCUCCAGCGUGAUUUAUCAGCAUCCUCUCUUCCAGAAGAUGUAGCUGAAGAAUCUCCAUCUUUCGCAGGUACUGCAGGACCUGGCUCAUUAGGACGAAAUUCUUCUCUUUCCCUCAGUUUGAGCCGUCAUUCGUCUCUAUCAAGGAAGCACCCUAAACAACAACAACAACAACAACAACAGCAACAACAGCAACAACAACAAGACCGUGACUCUACUGUACCUCCAUCACCAUCUUCAACCCAUCGUCCUGGGAAGCAUGUCAUGCUAACGCGUCGAAGCGCUUCUCAAGAUUUUCAGAACCGAUUCCAGCAGCAACAGCAUCAAGAAGAUCAGGGAGAGGAUUUUUCAGAAACGGGCGAGGACCAAACACCUGGAACACCUACAUCGAUUUCCUCAUUCGGUUCAGGUACUACGGGUCUCAACGGGAGUGAACGGGAGCGGGAAAAAGGCCGAUCAGCUCGUUUGAGUCGGAGUUCGAUUGCGCUUAUUGAGAAUAGAAAUAUUCAGGCACUCAGCAGUAACCUUGCAAUGGUCAGUUCACCCACUGAAAGUGAAUUUCCACAGCAGACUAGCGAAAGUUUACUCUCAGUGAUUGCCCAAAAGGAAGCUAGAAUCGCACAGCUACGUGAGGAUUUGGAAACAAAUAUGACUGAACUGACUCAGCUCAAGGAACGCUGGUCCCAGAUGAUGAUUGAGGAGCGUAAUCGUCAGCAGGCCGAAGCGACAGCAUCGAUCCAGGGACGGGAAAAGCAUCAGAAUGGCCAUAGUACCUCCCAGUCUGUCUCACAUCGGUUGUCAUCCACAGGUGCAGGCAUUUGGGGCACGGUUGUUGGAAGUGUUAGUAGUAUCAGCGGCGUCAGCGGUGGUAUUAGCCUCCAUAACAUCAAUGUAAUCCACCAACAACAACAGCAUCAUCAUCAUCUACCUUCUCCCUCCACAAACAGUCCUGGGGGAUUGAUGAGUGGCCGGAGCAGUACUAGUAGCAAUCCAGGAAAAAGCGAGAGCCAAAACGCUACAGGUUCAAGUCGACCUGCCAGCCCCUUGCCAACAUAUCUCAACAACUGUUCCUCUCUCAAUGGUCUCAAUAGCCCAAUAUGCUCCUCUUCCCAGUCCAAUGGAGGAGAUGGUCCAACGUCGUUUGAGGCUAGUCACUCGAGUCAGAGCAGUAUCAGUAGUUCUGGGCAUCCAGAUUCGAAUCAGAUGCAGCUCCACAAGGGACAACGGGAUAUGAGAAGACCAAGGAGAGAAUCUAGUGGGCUAUUUAUUCCACCAGAAGCAGAGGAGGUGAUAGUUAACACUGGCCGAGCUCUUUUCAAGGGCUUUGGCUCUUUGAUCGGAGGUAUUCGUACAGUGGUCUCAGAUGUUGCGGAGUCUGACAGAUUUCAGACUUCUAGACAACGAACACUGGACAUGGUGUCAGGGUUAGCACAAACGGCUGCAGACGCACUUCCCUUGCCAAGCCAUGAUGAUAUUUAUUAUCAUCACCAACGUCUGCAUCUUCUUGAUGAGGAAAACGAGGGGGGUUUGACUGCAGAGCAGCAAGAACAGCGUCGAUUGCAGCAGCUAGAACAGCAGCAGGCCAAGGAACAGAGACGACGAGAACGCUUGGCGGAAAAGGAAAAGAAGAAGAUGGAAAAGAGCCAGCAGGGUGAAUCUACAUCGGACACUGCAGGAGUAACACGUUCUCCUAGUUUGAUACAACGAACUAGGCGUCAAGAUAAUAAUGUCCAAAAGGACGAAUUGAUAGACGACCGAAAAGGAUCUGGAGGCAGUAACAGUAGAUCAGUCAGUCAACUGUUGAUUUCAGAAGAACUGAAAGUUAAACAGAGCAUUCGUGAUCAGAACGACGAGGUAGAAGAGUCCCAAUGGGAUGUUGAGGAUAAAGAGCUGCUUGAGAGUCUAGAGGCAAACAUACGCGGUCAAGAGCAGGGUCAGAAGAAGGUCGUACAGAUGACCGAGACAGGCCCUGUUAUGAGAUCUCUAUUAGAUACCCCCGUAAAGAUGACCAAGGAGUCUGUUACUUCAAUUGCAUUGUCAUCGAAAAAGAACGACUAAAUUUGCUCUUUAAAACACAAUAAAGUCCAUCAUUCGUUUUCGCGUCAUGAUCCAUAAGCUUUUUUCGCUUUAAAUGUCAACAGGGGAGAGGCAAACAAGUCCCCGAUGCACAC